AUGGAGAACCCGAAACAAUCAAAGCAGAUGGGUGGCCACGACACCCUUUUUGACAGCAGCACACCAGCACCUUUCAAAUGCCGUUACUGUCACCAUCGGUUCAAACGCAGUGAUCACUUGAAACGACAUCUCAAUCUACAUACCAAUCGAUCCAGAUAUCGGUGCCCGUGUGGCCAGAUAUUCGUCAGGCCCGAAGUUCUAGGUCGACAUCUUCGAUCAUGUCCGCCGGCACAGAGUCGACGGGGACAUGAUGUUUCGGCGGGUACGAGGAUGAAAAAGGCAUGCGACAGAUGCGCAUCCAUGAAGUUGAAAUGUGAUUCUCAACAACCGUGUGCGAGGUGUCGUGCCAAAUUUGUCGAGUGCAGAUACACCCGAGGAGGCUAUACCGAUCGAUACGAGGCGUAUCGUGUGAAACACGACGAUGAAAACCAUUGUCUCGUCCAUGCUGAUCGGCCAGAAUGGACCACGACAUCAGCAUCAGGACCGCCUGACGUCGAAAAGGGACUUCAACAAACGGAGGGACAUUCUGAUGACCCGCCACACUAUCCCCGGUCUACUUCUGUGGUCUUGUCGGACUCACCACAAGUCCCUGACAUGUCCAAUGGCUUCUCAAAUGACCUCUUCCCAACCGACCACUAUGGUUUGGUACCAUCUUCCUCCACCUUACCCGGACUUGACUUUGGGAUGGGAAAUGAUAACCUCCUCUCACCAACCCAGGACGCUUCUUCAUGGUUCUUUGCACCUUUUUUGGAUCUGGAUCAAACUGACUUUUUCGGUUUUACACAAGACCAACCUCCGACCGUUGACAUUAUCUCGGCAUCGACAGAGUCCCACAAUCACAAACGAGGGUUCUCGUUGGGACAAUCCGACCCUGUCGAAGCCCAAUGUACCCUCGUCAGAGAUUUACUACAGAAAUGUGGUCCAAAGUACCUUGAAAGUGCGGCGGCCUUGUCGACACGCGAAACAUUUGUGCAAAGCCACAAACUUUACGGAGCUCAUUUCCAGUACCAUUAUCCUCUCAUACACGUUCCGACACACAACGUCGCAGAUUGUCCACCGGUGCUUCUCUCGGCGAUGGUUCUUACCGGCGCUCUUUAUUCCAAGGCCACUGUUCCCGCCUCACAUAUCUCGGGAAUGGUCCAGAGACUUCUUUUGGUCAUGUUCAACGAUCCCGCCGAAAUGAGUCUGAACCAACCAGAUAUACCCACUGUGCAAGCAUGUCUGAUACUGUGCAUGCUACUCGCACUUUCUCGUGACUCCGUGGCAAACCAGUCAUGGUCGUUACUCUUCCCUCGGGUCCAUUCAAUGGCAGAGAGACUGGGGGCUUUCAGAAUAGAGGAAGAUCCAGUCGACUACGACACUUUGACAUUGGAGACCUUUGAUUGGGUCUCCUGGGUUCGACAAGAGUCUCUACGGAGGUAG